CCCCGAGCUGGAAUCAUCCAAUGAGAUCAUUUCCUGCCCAGCUCACACAGACUUUCCUGGUGGUGAGCUGAAGGGACUGGGUUUUUCCUCUGCUGUCCAGAGAAGCCUGAGUGUGAAGCUCCUGUUUUUUGUCCUGGGAAAACAUGCGGUGCUGUGUGAAGCUGAUCACUGGGGAAUCAUUGUUGUCAUUAAGGAUGAGAUUAAAGUUUUAGCUCUUUAAGACAUCUUAAAAAGCUAAUUACUCAGCUGCUAACAACCAUCAGUAAUGGAGAAGGCUGACAAAUCUACACAAAAAGGUAUCAGUUGGAGGGUAGGAGAGCCCUGCAGGCUGGAGGACCUUGACAGGCUGGAUGCGUGGGCAGAGGCCAAUGGGAUGAGAUUUAACAAGGCCAAGUGCAAGGUCCUGCACUUUGGCCACAACAACCCCAAGCAGUGCUACAGACUGGGAACAGAGUGGCUGGGGAGCAGCCAGGAAGAAAGGGAUGUGGAAGUACUGCUCAUCUGGCUUCUGAGGGGCGUCUAUGUAUGACUUAACUCCUCGUGUGCAUUGAAGAGGAAACGUGAGCAGCUAAUUCCCAGCUGAGGAUUUCCACAGGCUCAGACAUCACUCAGCGUGCCAACAUCUACAUACCUUUAAGCAACCUGGCACUUGGGCCUGGCUUUCCCCGAAGCUUCUAAGAUGCUGAGGUCUCUGAACAACAACUUUUUCACGUGAGUUGACAAAAGCAGAGAAGAAAUGGCCAGCUCAGCCCGAGAACAUCUACUUUUUGUGCGACGUCGCAACCCACAGCUACGUUAUACCCUGAGCCCAGAGAACCUGCAGAGCUUGGCAUCUCAGGGCACCAUGGCUGAAAACAUGAACUUGCAGCGUGCCAACAGUGACACUGACUUGGUGACCUCAGAUAGCAGGUCUAGUUUGACAGCCAGUAUGUAUGAAUACACCUUGGGCCAGUCUCAGAACCUCAUAAUUUUCUGGGAUAUUAAGGAAGAAGUAGACCCAACUGACUGGAUAGGACUUUAUCACAUAGAUGAGAACUCUCCAGCCAAUUUCUGGGAUUCCAAGAAUCGAGGAGUGACUGGCACACAAAAAGGACAAAUUGUCUGGCGAAUUGAGCCUGGCCCCUAUUUCAUGGAAUCUGAGAUAAAAAUCUGUUUUAAAUACUACCAUGGCGUUAGUGGAGCUCUCCGAGCUACUACCCCGUGUAUCACUGUGAAAAACCCUGCUGUGAUGAUGGGAGUAGAAGGCACGGAUGAAGGUGCUUCUGGAGCCCAGCACUCGAGGAAGUUAGUCAGCUUUACCCUGUCAGAUAUUAGAGCAGUUGGGCUUAAAAAAGGCAUGUUCUUCAACCCAGAUCCUUACCUAAAGAUGUCCAUUCAGCCAGGCAAAAAGAGCACAUUUCCUACUUUUGCUCAUCAUGGCCAGGAAAGAAGGUCUACUAUCAUCAGUAACACAACUAACCCUGUUUGGCACAGAGAGAAAUAUUCUUUUGUUGCACUUCUAACAGAUGUCCUGGAAAUUGAGGUUAAAGACAAAUUUGCCAAGAGUCGUCCCAUCAUCAAGCGCUUUCUUGGGAAGUUAACCAUACCAGUGCAGAGGCUGUUGGAGAGACAUGCAAUUGGAGACCAGGUUCUCAGCUAUAAUCUUGGCAGAAGGCUCCCAGCAGAUCAUGUAAGUGGAUAUCUCCAGUUCAAAGUGGAAAUCACAUCUUCUGUUCAUGAAGAUGCUUCCCCUGAAACAGUUGGCACUUUGCUAGGAGUGAACUCUGUAAAUGGAGACUUGGGAAGCCCCUCGGAUGAUGAGGACAUGCCAGCAGGACAUCAUGAAACAUCCACAGUGUGUUCCAAUGGUCCAGUCCUCGAGGAAUCUUCUGGAGAAGCAAUCCUGAGACACUCUUUAAGGACUAGUACAACUUUGGAAACAGACCAGGAUGAGCUGACCUCUGGUACAUCAAGAUCAUCACCGACCAGAGGUCGCCAGGACUCCCUAAAUGACUAUCUGGAUGCAAUAGAACACAAUAAUCAUGCCAGACCUGGGACCUCUGCCUAUGGUGAGCGUCCACGUGGAGCCUCCCCAAAACUGAGGAGUAGCUUCCCUACUGACACAAGACUUAAUGCAAUGCUUCACAUUGACUCAGAUGAGGAAGAGCAUGAGCUGCAUCAAGACCUUGGCUUUGCAUCUUCCUUGGAAGAUGACGGUGGCUUGGUGAUGCUUAACGGUGCUACAAGAGGUGUUGAAAGGGACGGUUUAAGUUGUUCAUCAGAUCAGGUAAGGCAAGGGCCUGCUGAGAAUGAGAAUGCUUUAGCCUCUGAAGCUCCUUUGUCAUCAACAGAUGACCAGCAGGAGACUGCCCCUGAGCUUCCCCCAGCUCAGCCAGAAGAAGAUGAAAGCCUGCAAGGCUCCCAAAGUGAAGCGGCAGCUGAGGCUGGGAGCGAGUCGUGUGCUGCUCCAGAGGCAGGGCAGCCUCCUGGCAGUGCGGACAUGGAAGCUGCCGAUGCUGCUGCUGGGAGCAGAAGGGGCGUUAGUGAGACAGAAUCCAUUGACCAAGGGUCUGAACCUUCCCAGAUGUCUUCAGAAACGGAGCAGAGUGACCCUGCUCGCACGGAGAGCGUCAGCGAGGCGAGUACCCGGCUGGAAGGGGAGAGCGACGCGGAGGGAGCAGACAGCUCCUGCAACGAAAGCGCCACGGUGCGGCGCUCGUCCGUCGAGAUGCGGGGCUCUUCCUCCGAGAGCGCCCGCUUUGCAGAGACCCCUGCCUCUUCUUCACAGGAGGAGGAGGAGGGAGCUUGUGCCACCGAUGCAGCUGCAGUUGAGCCGGGUGCUGAAACACAAGGCACUGCAGGAACUUCUGGUUCUCUGCCUGCAGUGCAGUUACCCCAGGAGGACGCUCAGGAGGCUGAGGCAGGCGAAUUACAAGACCAAGAGGAAAUCUGGCAAAGAAGAAGCCUGCAGACGGCAGCUGCCAACAGCCAGUCUCAGGAUGAAGAAGUUGAAGGAGCCCAAGCAGCUUGUGAGGGUGCCACAGCACAGGUGGAAGGAGCUACUGGAGGUUCUCAAGCUAACGGUCAUCAGCCCUUGAGGUCGCUGCCUUCGGUACGUCAGGAUGUUAGCCGGUACCAGAGAGUGGAUGAGGCUCUGCCACCAAACUGGGAGGCUCGAAUUGACAGCCAUGGACGGAUCUUUUACGUGGACCAUGUGAACAGGACAACAACAUGGCAGCGACCCACAGCCCCCCCAGCUCCCCAGAUUCUCCAGAGGUCAAACUCCAUACAGCAAAUGGAACAGCUGAAUCGCCGGUACCAGAGCAUCCGAAGAACAAUGACUAAUGAGAGGCCUGAGGAGCAUACAAAUGCCGUGGAUGGAGCUGGAGAAGAAACUGACUUUCACCAUUCUAAUGCAGAUUUUCGAAGAGAGAAUGUGCUGCCUCACUCUACCUCCAGAUCCAGACUUACUUUAUUGCUCCAGUCUCCCCCUGUGAAAUUCCUUAUCAGCCCAGAGUUCUUUACAGUGCUGCAUUCUAACCCUAGUGCCUACCGCAUGUUUACAAACAACACGUGUCUGAAGCACAUGAUCACCAAAGUCCGGCGGGACACCCACCACUUCGAGCGCUACCAGCACAACCGGGACUUGGUGGGCUUCCUCAACAUGUUUGCUAACAAACAGCUGGAGCUGCCGAGGGGAUGGGAGAUGAAACACGACCAUCAGGGGAAGGCUUUCUUUGUUGACCACAACUCUCGCACCACCACGUUCAUUGACCCCCGGCUCCCCUUGCAGAGCAGCAGGCCCACUAGUGCGUUAGUCCAUCGGCAGCACCUAACGAGACAGCGCAGCCACAGUGCUGGGGAGGUUGGAGAGGACUCUCGUCACUCAGGACCACCAGUUCUGCCAAGACCAUCUAGCACAUUUAAUACAGUCAGCAGAGCUCAGUACCAAGAUGUGGUUCCAGUGGCUUACAAUGACAAGAUUGUUGCAUUUCUGCGGCAGCCCAAUAUCUUUGAAAUUCUACAAGAGCGUCAGCCAGAUCUUACCAGGAAUCAUUCACUCAGGGAGAAGAUCCAGUUCAUCCGGACAGAGGGAACACCUGGGCUGGUGCGUUUAUCCAGUGAUGCAGACCUUGUCAUGUUACUCAGCUUGUUUGAGGAGGAGAUCAUGUCCUAUGUUCCACCACAUGCCUUACUUCAUCCUAGUUAUUGCCAGUCCCCAAGAGGCUCGCCAGUGUCUUCGCCCCAGAACUCUCCAGGUACUCAACGUGCCAACGCCCGAGCUCCAGCUCCUUACAAAAGAGAUUUUGAAGCCAAGCUGAGGAACUUUUACAGGAAGUUAGAGACUAAAGGAUAUGGACAAGGCCCAGGGAAAUUGAAAUUAAUCAUCAGGAGAGAUCACUUGCUAGAAGAUGCCUUUAACCAGAUCAUGGGCUAUUCAAGAAAAGACCUGCAGAGAAAUAAACUCUAUGUCACGUUUGUUGGGGAAGAAGGGUUGGAUUACAGUGGACCUUCAAGGGAGUUUUUUUUCCUGGUGUCUAGGGAGCUCUUCAAUCCCUAUUAUGGUUUGUUUGAAUAUUCAGCCAACGAUACCUAUACAGUACAAAUAAGUCCCAUGUCUGCUUUUGUGGACAAUCACCAUGAGUGGUUCAGGUUUAGUGGUCGAAUUCUUGGUCUUGCUCUGAUACAUCAGUAUUUGCUAGAUGCCUUUUUCACAAGACCCUUUUACAAAGCCCUCCUCCGAAUACUCUGUGACCUCAGUGACCUGGAAUAUCUGGAUGAGGAGUUCCACCAGAGUUUGCAGUGGAUGAAAGACAAUGAUAUACAUGAUAUCCUAGAUCUCACCUUUACUGUAAAUGAAGAAGUUUUUGGGCAGAUCACAGAACGGGAGCUAAAGCCAGGAGGUGCCAACAUCCCAGUCACUGAAAAGAACAAGAAGGAAUAUAUAGAAAGAAUGGUGAAAUGGAGAAUUGAGAGAGGAGUUGUACAACAAACAGAAAGUUUAGUUCGUGGUUUCUAUGAGGUGGUUGAUGCAAGGCUCGUGUCUGUGUUUGAUGCCAGAGAACUGGAACUGGUUAUAGCUGGAACAGCAGAAAUUGACUUGGGCGACUGGAGAAACAAUACAGAAUACAGAGGAGGUUAUCAUGACAAUCACAUUGUGAUACGGUGGUUCUGGGCUGCUGUGGAAAGGUUCAACAACGAACAACGGCUGAGACUUUUACAGUUUGUUACAGGCACGUCCAGCAUCCCUUAUGAAGGAUUUGCCUCUCUGCGGGGGAGCAAUGGUCCCAGAAGGUUCUGCGUAGAGAAGUGGGGCAAGAUCACUGCUCUUCCAAGGGCUCACACUUGUUUCAAUCGCCUGGACCUUCCCCCUUACCCAUCAUUCUCUAUGUUAUAUGAAAAACUGUUGACAGCAGUGGAAGAGACAAGUACUUUUGGACUUGAGUGAUACACAAACCACAGUGCCCAGCAGACUGGACUUUGGUGGAUCUGCCUUCUCAAGGAAUGAAUGAAUAUGUUGGAUUUCCUGGAGGAAAAUUGUGUCAUGGUGCAAUUCAAAUAACGAGGUUCAGUGAAAGAGCUCAUGAAGCAAUUAAAACAGCAUUGUGAUAGUGACAGAAUUCUCUACAGCCAAACUAGCACGUGCCUGAUGUGCAGGGAAACCCAAGUCUUGCAAUCCAUGUCUUUUCAGGACAACCAGGCUUCUUAGGCUGAUAUUCAGAGCAAACAAGGAGUGUGACCCCAUGUCGUGAUUAACCUGGCUACUGCAAAACUGACACGUACACAAACUGGAUUUCAUCCAAGUGGUCCAAGAGAAAGUUCAAGUCAAAAUGUGCAAUCACUCAUCCCCAUACCUCCCCAGUCAAUUAUCAAAAUCCCAUAAAGCAGACCUUUUAAGUUUCUUUUUUUCACUCACAGAGGUACAUAACUUUGUCCCCCAUGUUACUAUAGCAUAUCCAGUACUUCCUUUACCUAGACUUCGAGUGCCUGCAUGGUGUGCCCCACAGAGCCCCAGUUCCUGGGGCAGAAGAGGAUUGGAAGGAGAGUCAGCAACCGAGGAUGUAACAACUAAGACAGACCUGCAUUAAGGAGGUUUGUGGAAUUGCAUUUGCCAGUGAUGUGUAUGACAAAAGAUGAGCUGUUACCAUGAACUUACUCACUUAUAAGACUGAUUUUAUGCUUUAUACUGCAUGGAAACUAUUUUAAGAAGAAACUAGCAAUUUAUCACAGCAUAUCAGGAAAACAAAAAC